CCGUAAGGCAACAUUGAUUAGAAUAUUUUGUCAACACGACGACAGCUGUCGAAAUUGAUGAAUAAAAUGGUGUUCUAAAUUAUAGUGAAGGUAAUCUUGUAAUAUAAAUCAGCGUCCGUGAUUAUAAUUUCUAGGAGUUCUCUUUUCAAGAUCAACAUAUUACAAAAUCAAUAGUAUAGUCGGCGUUUAUACGUUGACUAACUAAGGAGUAAGAGAUAGAAGAGUAGAGUAGACUGUAUACCGAGGACUCAAUAGUCAGUAGACACUUAGUAUUUACUAUUUAAGUAGUCUCAGACUUCUCAGACGACUCAGAGACUGAGUCAAGUGAGCAAGGGAGCUAAAACUAGGUACUUGGAUUCAGGGACGUGCUGGUACAUGGAAACCCCUGACGUGACGAACGGUGUAAUAAGAAAGGCCCGGAGAUUGUAAUAACUGCCCAAAAGGCCCAUGACGAAUGCUCGUUGCGUCGUCGUGGGCCAGCACGUCCCUGCUUGGAAUAGAAAAUUAAAACUUUUUGUAAAAAUAAACCAAUGACCAAUGGCGUAGUUGAAUAGAGCUAAUUUUUAAAGAAUUAUAACGCCAAAAUCAUAUUUUUAGCUGUUGUAGUUUUAAAAUUAUAAAUUUUUUAAAAUUCGACUUAAUUUGUCCUUUUUAAACAUGGACCGCAUCUCCACAUUCUGUGACCCAAUUCUGCUGUUCGCGUCACAAGCUCUUGUUUUAAUGAUAAUUUUAUACUCAGAACUAAUGCUGUAUUUAAAAUAAUUUUAAUAAUGUUAACAAUUAUAAAUAAAUUGUAGCUUAUCUAACUAUUCACUAUUUAUAUCAUUAAAUUUAAUAUAAUGUAUUAAUAUAUGGCUUUUCUGUUUACCAAAUCUACGACACCCAUUAUACCGAUAUAUACUAAAUAGUCUAUGUAAGGCAACUUAUGCCCUAAUUACUAAAAUACUGUUUGGGAACUAUUGAACUUUCAACUUUGGUACAUGGCUAAUUAAUUAAAGCUUUCCCUGAUCUAGUUUAAUAGCUUUUGCACACUGCAAACUUUUAUGAAGGAAAACUCUGAGAUAGUAGUAAAUAAUGGCCAUUAUUCAAGUCACAGUGAAUGGCUGCCAUGGCAUUUUGCACACAGCAAAUUAUGAUCAUUUAUAAUAUGGACUCUGCCGGGUUUUUUAACCUAAAAUUAAAACAGUAUUCUUUCAAUAAAAUUUAAGUUCAUUCUAAAACAUAAGUUAUCAAAUAUUUUGAUAUAAAUAGUGAAAAUAAUUGAAUAUUUCCUAAGUAAUGGGGUCUUUCGUCAAUGAAGUGGCCACUUCCUUAUCGAAAUUGGGCUGAGCUACAUUACCAUAUAGGGAUUUACUCAAAUGAGCAUAACAAGUGACCGACAUGUCCUAACUCAAUGAAAAUUGACACAAAUACACAUCGAUAUAUAAUACAGAAUAAGACUUUUUUUUUAAAGACAUAAAAGUGAAAGAUGGCUUUUUUUUAAAGGGGAAUCUCAAAAUACAAGUCGAUUGAAAAAUUUAAACAAAUCAAUGUAAAUGUAGGCCAAGAUGUCUACCUAAUAUAAGGCCGGAAACGGAACUCAAAUAUAUGUCACAAGUACUCAUUUAAUAAUAUAUAGACACACACAUCAAAAAAUUAAAAACUAGGAUUUUUUGGCGCCGAUUUCUAUUUACGAUACACAAAAAGUAGUAGUCUCCCUUGUUUCAUCGAAGUACAUGCUAAAGCUAAAGUACUGAGCUUAAUUUUACAAAAUUUUAACUUAAAUUCAGUUUAGUCUACUAAUAAUAACUUUUAAUAAGUUAUUCUCUUUUAAAUAGGAAUAACUAGGCUAGUUAAAAUACUAGUAGUUGUAGACUUACUAAUUUAAAACGGGUAAAUGCGAAGAGAUAGCACCGUAUUUUUUACCAUGGCCGCUACCCAUGAACUUUGACCGGUUCACGGGUGGUGGCAACCAAGAUGUCGGCUGUGGAAAAAUAAAAUAACUCAAGUUUGCUAAAAUUAAGAAUAAAACGUUAAAAAAUAAUGAAAACAUUUCCUAAAUGUAUCUCUAAACCUAACCUGAACCCUAAAUUUAUCCCUAACCUGGUUGUUAGUAGUAAGGUCGACGAUGUCUCCUCGGUAUAAAAUAAGAAUAUAGGUAAUUUGAUUUUCAACCAAUCAAAAGUGAGCUUCUUUUUUUCCACUGUUGUUUGUCUUGGUAUCAGUAGUAAAGAUAUUUGGCCAGAUGUGUUUCUAUUUUCAUUUCCUUUGAACCUUGUAAGCUAAUGUAAGUUGAAUUUGUAAUAAAAACGAAUGGGACAUUUCAUUUCAAUAUUUUUCAUAUUAACUUUAUUGAUCAUCAAAUUGAGUUAUGAUGCCAGUAAUGCUCAUUGGAGAAUGGGAAAGUUAUCAUACACAUUGUUCAGGUUUAAAAAUUAGUCUAUUUACCCAAGGGUAUGCAGAGAAGUAUUGGGCUCUGAGCAAAUCCAAAUUUUGGCGUGCACUUCAAAAUAAUUUUUUCUUACGAUUUAAUUCCGCCCUUAGGAGCCCCUUUGCGGGCUGGGCCCUGAGUGACGUACUUGGUUGCCUCAGCCUUUGCAGAACCCUCUAUUCACCCUAAAUCUAAACUUUACUGCCUAAGCCUAAUUAAUGGGCGUAAUAAAUGGUCGGCACGGCUACAUGAUGAUGUGUGGUGAAAGUGUCUAAUUUGUGAUACAAUUUUGUGAUCGUUGGGGGAGAGUGUUAAAUUUGGGCAAAAUAGCGUGACGUCCUUUUGUGGAUGGCCCCUUUCUUCUUUGAACCUAUAUGUUGUAAAAAAAAUCAAGUGAAAAAAUUUAUAUUUCAUUUAAGUUCUUCACAAUUUGAAUAGAUUUUGAUUAUGUUUUAAAUAGCAUUCAUUUUUUUAAAUUUUAGAUUUAGUAUGAUCAAGAAAAGUUGCUUUAAUUCUACUUUGCAAAUCAGUUGUCUGUGAAAUGGGCCUUCUCUUUUCAAAAAUAUGGAGCUUGUUUACCAACGAAGGUAAUUGUUCAUUUCAUUCUUUAUUAUUAAUUUCUACUGUAACAUGACUGUAUAAAACAUAUUUUUAUCAUUAAUAUUUUUAAAUAUAUGGCCUUAUAUAACCCAAUUUUAUAUUUAUACUUGAUAACUACUAACCUCUCUGUCAACAGAGCACAAAAUGAUUAUUGUAGGCCUUGAUAACGCUGGUAAAACAACAAUAUUGUACCAAUUGUAAGUAGCCAUCUUUUCUAUACAGCUUAAAUUAGAUUUGUUCAUUCUUAUAUUUUUUUUUUCUAUCUGUAAGUAAUAUUUCUUACAUUACAUUCUUUUUUUGUGUUUUUUUUUUCUUUAGUUAAAUAAAAUAUUACAAUUAAUUUACCAGAGACACAAACCCAUUUACCAGCUUAAAGUGAUAUGCACAAUAAAUUCUGAUAUAUCAGCUGAAGAUUGUCGUAUGCUGAUGUACAUCUUAACAUACAUAUAAAUCUUAAAUCAGGAUUUUUUUAACCAGGGGUACCAUCAGGCACCCCCUGGGGGUAAGGGAGGCAGUACCAGAGGGCACAGGAAGAUCCUCAAAUUUUUUUAAAACAACAAUCUUACACAGUGAAAAAUACACCCCCCCCGCACACACACCCCCCACCCCCCCCACCAUAUUAAAAAAAAUGAGAGCUGAUUAUAUAUUUCAUCAGUUCAAUGGUUAUGUAUAGCUGGCACAUCUGAUUCGUUUUGAAUUUAUAUUUUAAAAAAACAAGGCAGUGCAAAAAACAAACAUAUUAUUUAUGUUAUUGCGAUACUUUAUCAUGGCCGGGGAGGGGAUGUUUGAAAUCAAGAAGGGUGCCACAAGCAAAAAGGUUUAGAACCUCUUUCUUAAAUUGUCAUUUUUGAAUAUUUAAAAAAAAAAAUUCAACUCCUUGUAUUUUGUUAUUGAAUACUGUGCUUCUGUUUUUCCUGCGCAGCCUAAUGAAUGAAGUUGUACACACUUCUCCAACUAUUGGUAGUAAUGUAGAAGAGGUGGUAUGGAAAAAUAUUCAUUUUCUCAUGUGGGAUAUAGGAGGCCAAGAGUCUUUACGUGCAUCUUGGAAUACCUACUACACAAACUCAGAGGUGAGAAACACUCAGCUUUUAGUAUUAUCUGUAAAGAAAAGACAUAUGAUGAGCCAGAAAUGAAUAUGUGUUUAUAAUUUUCUUAAAAAUUAAAGGUAUGAAGAUUGAUAUCAAGUCCAUUGUUUGGUAUGGUUUAGAAUUUUUUUUGUGGCAUAUGCAAAAUUUGAAUUGAUGUGAAAUUUUUAAAAACAUUUUUUUUUCUGCCUCAGUUUAUAAUUAUGGUCAUAGAUAGCACAGAUAGAGAAAGGUUAUCAAUAACGAAAGAGGAGCUGUAUAAAAUGUUAGCCCAUGAAGUAAGUUCUAACCAAUUUUAAAAACUAUUCUUUUGUUAUCCAUUCUAGCAGUUAGUUUUGAGCAAUAAUUACAUUAUAUUAUAUUUAUAUAAUUUAAGAAAAAUAAAGACAGCCAUUGUUGAAAAAAUUCAGAACAAAAUUAGACACAACGGUCACUUUAAAAACUGUUUUCAUUAUCUUAAAAAUAUUUUGUGUGUGUGUGUAUUUUUGUGUGUUAAUGCUGUUUAAAUAUUCACUUAUUUUAGGACUUGCGUAAAGCCGCUGUAUUGAUAUAUGCUAACAAACAAGACAUAAAGGGCUGUAUGUCACCUGCUGAAAUCUCCCAACAGCUUAAUCUGACAGCAGUCAAAGAUCAUGUUUGGCACAUACAGGCAUGUUGUGGCCUGACUGGAGAAGGGUAGGUUAUAUAAAAUGAAAAUAUGUAUCAAAACAUCUGCAAGUAUUGAAAAAAUUGUCUUUCAUGAUUUUCAAUUCAUUGUAGGCAUUAUUUUCAUCCGUUUUAUUUGUUAUAUUGGUAUGUUGAAAAGCUCAAUUAAAAUUAAUAUUUAUGUUAGGAUGAAAUGUCGGUGAGAUUUUUAACCCCCAAAGUUUAAAAUAUAAUGUGUAAUCAAAUGAAUCUGUUUCAUUUUAAAGAAGAUGUGAGAGUAAAAAAACAACGUAAUACUCUUCUUGUUGAUCUACAUUAAAGAGAAUGUUAUUGUCAUCCCUCAUAUUGAUUUAUUUUUAAGAUCAAAGAACCCAUCAUCUUAGUUAAUUUAUUAAACUUUUUUCUUUUUUUUUUCAUUUUGGUAGCAUUAUACCAUUUAAUGAGAGAGAAACCUCAGAGUUAAUUCAUAAAAAAAUUAAAAAUAAAAUCAUGGAACAAUUCUAGCUAAUUUUUUUACCUCAAGAAAAAUAAAGCAUUAAUUGGCUUUUUUUAAAAUUGAAACUCUAGACAAAGGGUCAGUUUAUAAACUUAUUUGUGGACAAGUUUAGUAUCAAUGAAAGGGAAAUUGUAGGUCAGUUUAUGAAUUUAUUUGUGGACAAGUUUAGUAUCAAUGAAAGGGAAAUUCUAUGUCACUUUAUGAACUUAUUUGUGAACUAGUGUAGUAUCAAUGAAAGGGAAAUUUAAAAACAUCAGAUGAUGCCUUAGACAGGUUUUUUGUUGCGGUGGUUCAGUACCAGAAGAUUGGGAAUCUUGGCUUCAUUCCCUCUAAUAACAUGUCUUUCAAUAAUUAUAUCUCUCACAUUUUUCACUCUGCUUACAGCACUAUCUGUCACAUCAGCUCCAUUUGCUACUACCUCACAGUUAGCGCAACAAAAACCCUAGUCUGUGCUCUUGUUCUCUCUCAUCUUGACUAUUUCAACUCUCUUCUGUCAGGUUCACCAAAACACUUCAUAGAAAAACUAAAAAAAGUUUAAAAAAACUCAGCUGCUAGGUUAGUUCUAAAGGCAAAAAAACGUGAUCACUUCACUCCACUUACUUCAUUGGCUCCCUUUACAAGCACGCAUUGACUAUAAACUCUCUAUUCUCUGCCACAAAUUUUUCUUGGAUUCCUGCCCUUCCUAUGUAACCAUACUUCUUUCUGUUUAUUCACCCCUUCGACAGUUUCACUCCUCCGCAGGCACGCAUGUUUUUUCUGUUCCCAAGACACAAACUAAAACAUACAGUGAAUGAUCUUUCUCUUCCUUUGACCCCAAACAAUGGAAUUCUCUCCAACUACACAUCUGCAAUGUAAUGACCAUCCAGGCCUUUCAAAUGCACCCAAGACACAUUUUUUUCAAACUCUACUAUCCUGACUGAUUCCCACCCCCUCUGACCAAUAACCCAUGCUGCUGGGUGCCAUCCAUAGCUUGACAUGUAAAAAGUUCUGGGGUGGGCGGGGUGGAUAUAUAUUUUUUUGUUUUUAUACAGCUGUUUUUUAAUUAAAUAAAUGUAUGUCAUUUUUUAAUGUCAUGAUUAUAUUUGCUCAUGUUUUUAUGACCCCAGCCCUAGGCAAGCGUACCGCGCUAUAUAAGACCACUGUAAUAAUAAUCAUAGUCUCACUAACACUUCACCUCAACAAUGGCUGAUAGCAAUAAGUACAUUUUGAUUUUAGAUUUUAUAAAAAAAAAUAGUCAUAAGUUAUUCCAAAUUAAUAUAUGUAUAUUUUUAAAUUCAUCAUUGUUCACACUAUAUAUAUUAUAUCAGUGGGUCUUAAACACACCACAGCCCCCCCCCCCCCCCUUUUUUUUUCCCCCUCUUGUGCCAUAAACUCAUCUCCUGCACUUCCAUGUUUUACCCUAAUUGUGAACAUAAUUUACAGCAUUAUUUUGUUCAUGAUGCUUAAGGGAGGUCAUAGAAUAAUUUGUCAAAGAGUAACACGUAAUUAAACUUUUAGCUAAAAUGUUAUGAAGCUUUUUCACUUGUAUUCAUUCAGUAAUAAACUGAUAAACAUGAGCCAGAGAUACCACAACUUUUUAAAGGAGGAUAAUUAUGAAACCAAGAACCAACGUUAUGUCUUUGAGAUCAGGGCCUAAAGAAGAAUUUGUGUCUUCCAUAGUGUCAAAUUACUUUUAAAUGUGACUGACACCUUUACUUUAGAAGCCAAAAAAUUUUAGCAUGUAGCAGCAAAAGCUCAAAAUCUUUAUUGUAUUUGUACUCAACACAUGUGCCCAUUGAGAGCUUUCUUUCUUUCUUUAUGCCUUUUUACCCCGUCUGGGGCAUAGGCCGUCCACAAGAAUUUUCCACUCAUGACGGUCCUGGGCUUUCCUUUCCAAUUGCUUCCAGGUGUAUCCAAUAUUUUGUGCGUCUGCCUCUAGCUUCAUGUAUUCUUAGGCCUUCCUCUCUUUCUUUUUGAGAGCAACGGUUUUAUUUUAUUUACUCAAGCAAUGACUGAGUCUUAUAGCAACCAGAUAUUGGUGAUGAAUGUCGCAAUGAAUUGUACAGAAAUGACACUGUAUUUUGUCAAUGAACACAGAAAACCAUGGCACCAACAAGUUGUAGAUCGUACCAACAUGUUGUGGAUGCUGCACGCUUGUCAUACGUGUCCUGUUAUUAUCAGCUGUCUGUGAACAGUUAGAUUGAUAAAAGUUAAUUUCUAGUAAUAAUCAUGUCUUAAACAUCUCCAACCGAUGUCUAUCGAUGUCGCUUCUUUAAUGUCAUCGAUCAAAAUAGUAUUUUAAAGGUAGAGUGUUGACUUACCUUAUGUUUAUUUGUAAAAGGAAAUAUUUAUUAUGUACUAAUUUAUGCUUAACCCUUUCUUUUAAAAAAAAACCUAGAUUAUACCAAGGAUUGGAGUGGAUUACUUCACAUAUACGGCGACGAUGACACCACUUUGUAAAUAUCAUAUUUUAUUUAGUAUGGUGGAGAAAAAAAAAGUUAAAACUACCUUUGUUAGCAUUAUUUUAAUAUAAUGUAAUUGUAAAAAAAACAACACAUUAUGAUUUGGAAACCUGUACUUCUGUUUGUUUUUGCAUUGGCAAUAUUUUGCAAUGCGAUAUUCUAUUUUGAUGCAUGUCUUUUACUGUCUUUUAUCUAAAACAAUGCCAAUAUAAUUUUAGUCCUACUACUUAUUUGAAUGAAAGUGAUUGAUACAUUUCAUCAGGCUCUAACAAUAUGUCUUUAUUUGCUUGACAGAAAGUUUGUAAAGUCUUCCACAAGGCCUGCAUUUUAGCUUUAUCCUAUUGUCACUUCAAAGCAUUAUAGUAUUUUUUUCUUUUUUGAAGAGCCAUUGAAUAUACAUUUUUCAUUGAAAAACUCAAUCAAUAUCAUAUUAAAAUACAUACAUACACACAC